AUAUAUAAAGCUGAGGAGUUUGUUUUUUGAACGCUCUAAUCUCCGGAACUAUUGUUUCAAAUUGAAAAAAUCUUCCUGUGUUGAAUAUGAAUAGCCCAUUCAUCGAGGAAGGUUUUAGGCUAAAUACUAUUACACUGCGACUAAUAAGAGCGAAGAUACAAUAUAAUAAUAUAUUUCACGAGGAAAUACUAAAUAUUCAAUGACAUUAGAGAAAUAGUUUUAUUUAGCAUGUACUUCAAGCUGGACACCAUUAUCGAGCUGAGAACUGGCGGUGAACAAUUGCUAUUCUAGGACAUUAGGACAUUACAAAGUGACUCACCAAAAUCCUAAUUAGUUCCAUUUGUUGCUUAUCAUACGAUCGAUAAAGAGAACUAUUUAAAAAAAAAUGUUGCUGUGUAUUAAACGAUCGAAGAACCUCGAAAUAUAUGAUUUUUACAAUUUUAGGAGUAGAUUAAUCCAAUACCUAAUUGCUCUUUACUAAUUAAGCAAUUGCUUUCCUACUUGCGUAAAAUAAAAACCUUAUCUUGAAUAAGAUCAAAAUGAAAAAAAUAAACACAGAACUAAAAAAGCGCCUAUUUAAAAUCAGUCAUAUUGAAUACAAUUUGAACGGAUCGUCAAUGAGCCUCUAACGCUGUUCUAACGUCGACGGCAGCUGUGCACCCGUCGGGGCCUGGGGAGACAACCCCUCAUGUCCAAAAUACACAUUACAACAUUCUCUCGACGUUCCCAUUGUGUCGGGACUGCACCAGCUGCCUGAGCAGCGAGCCACCGAGCACUAAUUUGACCUCCAACAUACGAUAAUCACUACAUAAGUUAUAUAUAUUUAUGUCGGGUUUCAUGGUCAUCUUUACAACUAACACACAUAGAAAACGCCGAAAUAGCAUCAACACAGAUUGUAAUGAUUACUACUUGUUUAUUCUACUUAUUCUUAACUAUACAAAUAUCAUAGAAAACCCACUAUUGGAGAAUGUAUUAUAUCCGAAACGUUAAACACAACUUUUUCUACAGCCUAAAAUUCUAAAAUGUACCUCAGGCUUAAAAAAAUCUUAUAAGACAAAUAAUAAUACCACGGGAUCGUUACGAACGUUAGAUGGCAUCCGCUCGCAGUGGGAACCCCUCCGAAAUAUGAAUUAAUUGACGAUCAGGUUUUUGGCAGUAUAAUACUUUUUGUCCGGUAUUGUGUGUACCGUGAAGGGUUAAAUACUAUAUUGCUUUCGUGACUGUUUGAAAUAUGUUUUAACGAAACGUAACUUGAAUACGAAACUAGCUUUGCCAUAAGGUGUUGCCCGCAGAUUAAAAAAUAGUAUUGGUUCCUGCCACUUUUGAUCAUAAUUGAUUAAGCCUUUUGAACAUGGAGAGGUAACAAGCACACAUAGUUACAUAGCGUACACACAAUACAUUAUUAUAAAUAAACGUAUAACAUACAUCCUUUAAACCGUUAUUACAACAUAAACGCAACUCCUUCAGUUUCCUAGACCACAACUAAGAACGAUAACAAGGGAAAUUAAAUAAAUAGGUUAAGGGACGAUUGCAAGAACGUUCUUAUUGGCUACCUCUUAGUUGACUGACUCAUCAUUGGCCUAGCCUUUUCCCAACGUCAGUCAAGCUAGUCAAGUAAGUCAAGCUUAGUUGACUGACUAGUUGUCUCAAUAUGGGAAAUGUCAUCUGGGUUUAAAAAUAUAAAUCGUGUGAAGUCCAUUCGACAGUCAAUUUUAUUUAAAGUUUAGUUAAAUACCUAUAUUACAAUAAUUUAUUAAAAAAAUAAGGAAACAUCUAGUACCGAUGGGUGAUGGACCAAAAUAAACUCAACAUCGCCAUUUUGCGUAACACGGGUGUAAGUACUGUUUCAAAUUAGUUUUAAGUCUUAAUUAUAAAAAUAUGACCGACUAUUUUGAGAAUUAGUACUUAAUUUGCUCUAAUAGGAACGUCCAUCAGUCAAACUGCAUUGGGUGCUGUGCAAUGUUGUUUAUAGAAUAAGCGAUUUGUACAAUUAUAAAAUGCGGUUUUAUAAGUACAUCUCUCUCAAAGUCAGUGCACUGUAUUUAGGCUAAGCUUAUGCCGAGACGUAGGACUGGGGUAUAAAGGUUCAGACUUUUGAGGCAAGGAGAUAACGCAGUUCCCAUUUUAUACGUCACAAAAUUAAUCUGCCGCAUUAAAAUGACAAAACAAAUCAUUUUUGAAGAUAUCACAAUUUUAUGGUAGAAACCCUUAUUAAAUCUUUCAAGGAUAAAAACGAAAAAUAUAUAAAACUUGGUGCAAAUGUCCAUCAAUAAUGCAACCUUGUUAAGUCCACUUAAAAUAAUUAACUUAGUUACUUAAGUUAUAAGAUGAAAACAAAAUAUGUUUAUACUUUCUAAGAUCUUUUUGUGCCUUUCGACGUAUUUGGGGAGUAAGAUUCUCCUCAAAUACUAGAAACGGAAGACGCCAAACGUUAUGAAUUAAGUACUAUGCGCAGAAUAAUGAAAAAUCAGCUACGAAAACAAUAAUUUCAAUGAUAAUAACUUAGUUUUCGAUUUGGAAAUCGCUGUGUUCUAAGAUAUUAUAUCAUAUCAAUUAAAAAAACAGGGUAUCACAAAGUUUAGAUUUAGUUCUAAAAUUAUUCCUGGCCAUAACUUAAAACAAGAUGUCGCAGCAGUAAGUUCUUAAAAUCAAACACUUCUAAGGUGUAUUAUUUCGCAACAGCGCUAAUUGGAACUGAUAUCUAACCACCGGCAAAUAAGACGCGCAGGCUGCGGUUGCCGGAAGGUAAGAGACGAUCUAGUCUGUUCGCCGGCUGAGCUUUGUCUUUGACUUGGGAUUCAGGAAGUUUUCGACCUCGUAUUGGAGAUUCCGAUUGCUAAUGCGAUUCUGCUAAGCGUAAUUAAUCAAGAAUCUUACUUCAAAAACUAGCCCAUGUUGGUUAUUGGGAUAAACUAGAGCUGAAUUGAAUUGUUUAUGGUCAUUUACUUUGACAGAUAAUUCGGAUGUUAUUCGUCCUCAAAAUUUUUGCCUUUCCAAAACUAAUGAAGGGAAGAGAAGAAGGUGGCUAAAUAGCUGCGAUCUUUUUAAUAUAACUCGCUUUGAGUAAAGAGAAAGCGUUGAUUUUUGUAACGAAUAACUAUUCGUUACAUAAACUCCAGAAGAGAAAAACAAGAGUUUAAUGUACUUGUGGGUGAAGUCCUUACCUCAAUAGAAUAAAAGGACAAAGUAGUUUUCUGUUAACUGAGACUGCUGGUGUCAUCGAGGGAGAUAUACCAUUCACGAUCUAGCUAGUAACAAAGCACACCAUUUUAUAAACACUAAUAAAAAAUAGUCCAAAAAUGAACUUUCAGCGUUACUUUGACAACAGCGAUCAACUUUGCAUACUCGGUUUCAUCAAUGGUAGAGGACACUCGAAUAUGACUGACCACUAAUGCCCGGUUCCUAUAAGUCAAAAACGAAUCGUUUCUGUUACGAAUAGUUAAAAUUUCAACCAGGCGUAACACGAAACCAUUCCUAUAAAACACUACUCGUUACCCAAAUAACCGACAUCUGGUUACUAACGGAUGAGAGGGCGUUAGUAAGCACAAAGUAUGGAAAUGUGUUGGAAUGUGUUCCUAUAAAUAUUUUCUACCGUCACUGAACUGUCAAAACAACGUCUCGUUACCGUUUUGUUUACUGGUCAAAUUCGGUCAGUUAACAAUCGUGAACAUUUUCUUUUGGUUGAAAUUGUGUUUAUCGUGAUUUCUGUAAUAAUGUCGAGCUCUGAAAGUGAUAGAGAAAUCAUGGCUUUGUUAUCAGACGAAGAUACGGAUCAAGAAGUGGGAUUAAGAAUUUAUAAACAAAGGAUUGAUUAUUUUUCCGUGCUUGAUAACCAAGAAUUUCAGCUGAGAUUUCGGCUCGACAAACCCGCUGUGGAACAAUUACUCAGUGAAAUUUAUCCUAAUUUAAGAGUGAAAGGAAGACGAAACCAUGGAAUACCACCAAUACAUCAGUUGCUGCUUACUUUACGUUAUUAUGCACUAGGAACAAUGUUAUUAUCAGUAGCUGAUUUUAUAGGUGUGUCGAAAACAUCAGCUUGUCGUAUCGUAUUUGAUGUUAGCUGUGCUAUAGCACGGCUAUAUAACACAUAUAUUCGCAUGCUCCCAAACACUGAGCAGGAUUUUUAUAAUAUAUCACGCUUUCCACGUGUUCUUGGAGCUCUUGAUGGUACACAUAUUAGAAUUCAAUCACCAUGUUCUCAAAUUGGAGAAGAAUUCAGAAAUAGAAAAGGCUACUUUAGCAUUAAUGUGCAAGCUGUAUGUGAUGCUAAUUUAUUGUUUAUGAAUGUUGUGGCACGUUGGCCUGGUUCAGCACAUGAUGCAACAAUAUUUAAUAAUUCUGAACUGCGAGCUCAAUGUGAAAGUGGCUUAUUUGGCAAUAAAUGGUUACUUGGAGAUAGUGCAUAUCCACUAAAAUCAUACCUUUUAACACCUUUGUUAAAUCCCCAAACACAGAGUCAACAACUUUAUAAUGAAGCCCAUAUUCGUACUAGGAACUGUAUUGAAAGAUGUUUUGGAGUUUGGAAACGAAGAUUUCCUAUUGUAGCCUUGACAAUGCGCCUAAGCCUCUCAAGAGCCAAUGCAGUGAUCAUAGCAACAGCAGUACUCCACAAUAUUUGCCGGUUGAGAAGCCUCAGUGACAUACCACCAGAAGUGGAAAUUCUAGAUGCAGAUGUACCUUCACCAAGUUAUAAUGAAAGUUCGAAUCAGACUGGUACUACAGAAAGAGAUAAUCUAAUCACACAAUAUUUUAACAACUUGAUAUGAGAUGCCACAGGCCUGCACACAAUAGAGAGAGUAUGAACCAGGAAAUAUGUAACAAAUGAAGAAGUUUUGAUUAUUGGUCUAAUAUCUUAUUACAAUUAUUGUUUGAAUUUAUUUUUUUACUUUAUUCUUGUAUGAAAAUAAGUAAAUAUGACUAGGUAUUUAAAUUAGAUAUUAUUAUGACAUGUUUGUAUUGUCCCAUAGUGAAUAGAGAUAGUGUUAGGGUGUAAGAGGUUGUAUGUAUUCAUAAUACAAUAAAUAGAUAA